AUGGCUUUGGAGCAUGUGGCACCGACUCUGGAGGAGCUUGCGAUGACCACGGACAUCGAUGGGUUCAGCUGCAUGCCAGGUGUGGAGACAAACCUGGGCGAGCUUUUGACCACAGCUGCUUUGGCAAAGCCCCAAGGCAUAUGCUUAGAGACGCAGGACGGCUGCUACACUUUUCUUCAGGUGGCUCAGAUGGCAGAUGCAAUCCGCAAAGUUCUGCGAAAAGCUUUGCAAAGCCUGGAGUUGCCGACAUGUGGAGCGAUUGACCUCAGCUCACCGGACGCACACACGCGGCGAGCCGAUGAGCACGUGGUGACCAUCGUGCUGGAGCGAGGCGUCCAGAGCAUCGCAGCCGUACAUGCCGUGCUGCUUGAGGGUUGUGCCUACAACGCCUUCGACGUGGGGGAGCCGGUUGAGAAGCUGCGGAGCUGGGUUGAGGUGUCGCAGCCUCCUAUCAUGAUCUCGAACGAAUCGACGAUGCGGCGGCUGAACAUCACAAACGUGACAGCGACCCUGGGCGGGUUCCCACGCAUGGUGCUGGAUGUGGACCUUGCUCUGAAAAAGGCAAGCAGCACGGCCCUCCCUCUGCGUCCAGCCCAUGCUCCAGAGGACCUGGAUAGGUUAGCCUACCUGAUCUUCACCA